AUGGAGACUCGUAGCACCAGUGAGGCCAAAAGGCUUCGGCAAUUUGACGAUCAUUGCGCCGUCACUCAGCGCCAACUAGACGAGAUUACAUCAAUUCUGGAAGAUCGUGAAGCCCAGCUCUCCAGAACAACCGGCGUCGGAUCCGAACUUGAAGAGAGGCUGAAAAGAAUUAAGGUCAGUUUUUUGACUUGCUAUGCCGGCUUGAUGACCACGGGUUGA